UCCUCCUAGUGAAAUACAUUUCUUACCAGUUACAUGAAGUCACAUCUUUUGUGGAUUGAAAUCUCAAUUGGUGCUAAUUCACCAUUUGGGAAAUCGCGAAUGCUUUCAGUCCUUCAAUCUUUGGGUAGUGGUGCACUUCACCCUCUUGUGGCAGAAAUUAGUAUUACAACAAUAAACCUCCAAACAAAAGUGUAGCCUGACAAGAGUUUUUUUCAUAUCUUCUCAAUUAUGAUUAGAUUAAAUUUAGAAAAAACAGAGACUCUUUUUGUUGCACAUGUUGAUGCAUUCUUCUUCUCUUACACCAGUCCUUUCCUUUGUUUCCUUCCUUUCUGUAUAUUAUUUGAAUCUUCUCACGUUUUUUAUCCUCCAGACAACAGUAAUUGAAUACGUCAAGCCAUCUGAUCUGAAGAAAGACAUGAACGAGACUUUUAAGGAGAAGUUUCCUCACAUCAAACUCACUCUCAGCAAGAUACGCAGUCUGAAGAGAGAGAUGAGAGUAGUCGGGGAGGAUUGCGGCAUGCAGCCCGUCACCAUGGCGAUGGCGUUGGUCUACUUUGAGAAGUUGGUGCUGCAGGGUCGACUCAAUAAACAAAACAGGAAGUUGGUGUCGGCUGCCUGCAUCCUACUGGCUGCUAAGAUCAGCAGUGACCUCAAGAAACAGGAGGUCAAACAUCUCAUUGAUAAGCUGGAGGAGCGUUUCAGGAUCAGCAGGAGGGAGCUGAUAUCGUUUGAGUUCACCAUCCUGGUUGCCCUGGAGAUGGCGCUCUACCUCCCGGAGAGCAAAGUCAUGCCACAUUACAGGAAGCUGGUGCAGCUGCAGCAGUCGAAGCAGUGACACACUGAUCCCUCCCUCCAGGAACCCUGUGCAACCUUCACCUCCACCCCAUGAUGGACAGGUGUGUGUCUGUGUGUGUGAUGCCUGGCUCAGAGCUACUAAGUAACCACCCUCCUGCACACUGUGACGGUAGUACGACCCCUUAUUGGCUCCUCUGCAGCACAGAGCACAGCGGCGUCCCUCCCCCUCAAACCAAAGCGACGGCACACUGUGAUCGAUGGUUUAGCAGCAGCAGGGCCGAUGCCUGGCUCAACGGCACCGUGGGCAUCGCUCGUGGGCAAAUUCCUCAUGAGGCUCAAAAUCAUGUCUUCCGUAAACAAAAUGUUUUCUUUUCUUUGGUGUUUUCUUACUAUCUUCUCUGCAGAGGUUUUAGGAAUACAUCUCUCUGAGGAUCGCUGGUUCAAACUUGCACUGCAGAUUUUUAACCAUUUUGGUUCAAUCAUGUUGGAGCGUUUGAUAAGCUGUAAUUAAUCUGCAGUUUGUAAUGUGAGUGAGUAUCGGCUCCUCUGGGUUUCACUGCUGCACCUGAACCUCUUCAGAUGUUACAGGAGAGCUUCUCAAUUGUUCAAAUCAGUGGAGAAAUUUAGUUACAGACUAAAUCUAAUCAGAACGGCCACUUUAAAAUAAACUUCCAGUCCGUUCAUACCAUGGAGUUCCAUAAUUACAAUUUCAAAAUAUUUUGACAACUGAAGAGUUCAUUGUUUGUGUAACGCUGUGGGCCAAAGACACUGAGACUGAGACUGUGGUAACUAAGAAAUUAGCAAUAAAGGCCAAAAAUAACGUAUUUUAGUUUAAAUAAAUCAUUGAACAAGACGUUUGCAUUUGACAAUCACUGCAUUUCAAAGCAUCUUUAAUGAGUUCAGCAAAAGUAGCAACAUUUUGAACAACAUUCACUUUUCAUUGUUCAUCCAUUUAAGCGUGAAAUUGAAAUUGAUGGCUCCCUCUUGGUGAACAGUUCCCAGUUCUUCCCUGCGUCUCGUCCUCGUUAUACUGGUUUCACUGGUCAGAAUUCUAGUUGGGUCUCUCCCUCGCAUUGAUGACAUAGCGUCAGUACCUUUCUCUAUUUAGACGUUUAAGUGCCUUGCCUCAGGGCACUCGGAUAUUAUCUGUUUCUAUCUCGUCCGUCCGUGGAUCCAGAGGUUCUUUCUCUCCACCUCUCUUCCGUGUUUGGACCUCUGUGUCUCCAGCAGCAGACUGCUGCUCCCUCUGGUGGUCGCAGAGCAGCGCUGCAUCUACACAAAGAUGCUGCCAUGGUGACAAGAAGCAUUCCCAUCACACUGCGAUCGGUCUCUGCUACAGCGAAACGCUUUCAUGUCAUUGUGUUUUUGAGGGAGAGGACGGCUUCUUGAGUUGGACAAAGACGUUAUUCACGUUUCCCCGGAGGCAGCUCGCUGUAGCUGCAGACGUCCUGAGGCAACAUCUAGUACCAGAAGUAGCUUCCUGCUCUUUAACUACUUUAGAAAACUCCCAUUAUUUAUUCUGUUAUUUAUUAUGUUACUGUAUCAUAAAAGGGAAAAAUAUUUAACCAGGUAAAAUGUGCUUUGUCCAAAAUCGAAAUGAGUUUGUUCUUUUAGAAGUAGUCAGCUUUUAUUAAGAGCGGCCAUGUUGGAUGAGAGAAAAAAGCACUGAUUUUUCUUGUCUGUUGUUUUUGCACUUUGCUUUUUUGCUUCACAAUCCUGACUCUUUAUUUCAUCACUAAGUAACAAAUACGAUAAUAUUUUUUACAUGGAAUGUGUGAAGCAUGUUAUUGUAUUAUUCUAUAUGGAAACUGACCAAUUCACAGUAAUGUAUUGCUUAUUAUCAAGAUGAAGAAUCGUGUUCACGAUGAAACAGUCAGAGCUGAUGAUGCAAAGCAUUUCAUUCAGAGAGGAGGAGCUGAUGAUGUUGACUAGAAGCAGAGUCGAUGGGUGGUCACGUGGUAUCAGGUUGUUUUGAAGCUUCCGGUAGGCUUUUUGUUUUAAACAUGUCUUACAAAAUGUGUCCUCUCCUUCUCUGACUGGGCCAAUCAUCUAUGAAAACUAGCCAGUUGGAAGAGGGAGUGACCGUGAUUGUGUUUCCUUAUGCAGCCACUCAUUGUGGUAAACCGUGCAGCCGAACAGAAAUUAAGAUUAAAGUUCUAACUAUUUGUAGAUUCAUGGAUAGGCUGACUGAUGAGUAACUAUUUUAAUCUUCAAUAAUCAUUUCAUCCAUUUUUCAAAAAACAAAACAUUUCAUUAUUUGUUGGUUUUACCUUCUUAAAUGUGUCUGCCUGACAGAAAAAAACAAAAUGAAAUAAAAAUGUAUUUUUUUUUCAUACAUUGAAAAGAGCUCUGCAUAAAUAGAAAUACUGCAUCAUCAAGAGCAUAAAGAGAUGUUCCUUAAAGACGGAGGUUUUGGUUGCAGUUUUCUCUCCUGCUGUUUUAAGCUGUGAAGAAGAAUCCAGGCCUCAUUGUUUGCACUGUGACACUGAGUGGAUUUAUGUUAUGUUUGUAAAAUCCAGGGUAAAAAAAAGGCUAUUUUGGCGGCUGGGAUUCUUAUGUUGAAGUUAAGGAAAUGACAAAGAUGUUAAAAAGAAGCACUAUUCCUAAAGAACUGUGUUGAAUAUAAGACUGAGCUUCCAGAGUGGUCUUCUCCACCUAAAUGAUUGAUUCUAUGCAGCCAUUAUUCUGUCAGCUGACCUUCAUCCCCCUCCUCCUCCUCCUCCUCGGUGUUUACCUUUAAUGUGCCACAGCAUUUAUUUUCACCUAUUUUAUUUUGACCUUACGUGUUGUGUUUAUUUUAUUGUUUUUGAUGAAGUCACUAUUAUUUAUAUUCUUCUUUAAGCAAUGUAAGGCUGUGGUGGGAAAAUGUGUUAGAUUUUUAUGAUUAUUAUACAAUCAUUUUUUUUUAAACGUGUUUGUAGUGACAGCUGCUGUGUCGUAAAGUACACAACUCAACAGUAAGGUACUCGACACAAAACUAAAGCUGAAUGGAAAUAUUUAUACAAAUAUUUGGUAAAAGAUAAAGACCAUAUACUGCCAAUGUUAUGUUUAAUUUCCAUAAUAAAAUGUAAAGUACUA